AAUAAAGGUGUGUGUUUUCUCAGGUGUGAUGGUGCGGUGACCUGCAGCCAUGUCGGCGGUGAUGAGCACGCUGUCCAUGAUCAGCGGCGGUCGGCGCGCGCACCGCAAGCUCGCCAGCUCGCGCAAGUCGGGGCAGCUCUCCGAUGCAGGCGAGGACCGCUCGCGCGCACUGCACGACCUCAACAAGCAGCAGCGGUCGGCCUCCCUCCAAACGCUCGAGACGGGUGGUGGCGGUGGUGUAGCGAAUCUCGAGAGCCUGGAAGCAAAGAUGGCCAGUAUCGAAGUGUCGCUGGCUGGGUCCCGGCGACGCAGCGCCGGCGCACGCGAUACCGCUCGCGACCUGGAAGCCCUGCGCACCGCCCUCACCGACAAAGACGCACUCAUACAGAGCCUAAAGAAGCAAUUAUCAGCGUCGCUGAGCGCCGCGCGUUUGGCCGCGCAGGCGGUGUCGCCGGUGCCUUCAGCGCGGCCGGGGGAGGAAUACCCCUCGCUCUCGGUAGACGAGAGGAAGGCGCUGGAAGACCGCGCCGCUGCCGUGCGUGCCGACCUUGAGGCGCGCCGGAACAACAUACAGGAGCUCCGACGGAGGCUCGAGAAGACGCAUGUCACUGACAACAUCGACACACGAAUCCAGCAAGCAGAACUGCAGUAUAAGCUAGGCCGCGAAGAGCUGGAGCUGCUGACGCUGGGCGAGCAGGCGCGCGCGCUGGCGCAGCUCAUCGAGCAGUGCGACGCCGCCGCCCGCCGCAGCGAGCGCGCCACACUGUACAGGUGCGGGUAA